AUGAGCAUCGUCGAUAGCGCCGUGCAUGUCUGGAAGCAGGACCGCAACUACCCCUGGGCCACCCCCAACCCUCCAGCCGCUGAUGCUUCUGCAGAGGAGCUCAUCGCUCUCAUGGACGCCAACGGGGUGGACAAGACCGUUCUUGUGCAGCCCAUCUGCUACCUCUGGGACAACUCCUAUGUGCGAGACUGCAUGCGGCGCUUUCCUGGCCGCUUCGCGGCGGUGGCGCGGGUGAAUCCGGAGGACGAUGCUUCAGUGGAGAAGUUGGAGGAGCUUUCGAAGGAGGGUUUCAUCGGAGUUCGUUUCGGCCCGCUGGAUCGAGGAUGGUGGGAGUCCGAGCGCAUGCGAAACAUCUUGAAGAAGGCAGAGGAGCUCAAGUUUCCAGUUCUCCUCUUUCUUGGCAAGGACGGCGGAAAGUCUCUGCAAUGGGUCGCUCCAAGGAUAAAGGAGUUUCCCAACGUCAAGUUCAUAGUGGACCACAUGGCCGACGUUCCACCAUCUGACGAUCAGCAGAUCGACGAGCUUCUGUCCCUUGCAUCCUCUCCCAACGUCUUGGUCAAGAUCUCCCAUGUCUGGGCCAUCAGCACGGGGCAGUAUCCAUGGUCAGACGCCAUCAGGGAUGAGGUCGUGCGGAGAUUUGGGCCCGAUCGCUGCAUGUUUGCAUCCGACUGGCCAGUUUGCAAGAUGCCUACCUGGCCAGGAGGAAACACGUCUUAUGAUAUGACGGUGAAGUUGGCCAAGGAGGAGUAUAAGUUCCUUACGGAGGACGAGCUUGCAUGGAUUCUCGGAGGAACUGCCUCUUCCAUUUGGUUCCCAGCCUCGGGAACGCACGGCUGA